AUGCCUCUCUCACUCUCCUUGCGCUACCGCCGCCUCUGCGCCAAGUCGGAAAUCACCUCCGUCGGCAUCUCCCCCUCAUCCACAUCCGUCUUCGCCAUCUACGCCGCCCCGCAGACCGACCAGUCAUGGAUCGACUUCUUUGACCUCGACACCCAGCGCGGCUACACCAAGGCCACCGGCACGCACGCCGUCUUCGGCCCGCCUGCCUCGUCGCGCCCCUCGCCCCCCUCCUCGUCCUCAUCACGCACCUCCAGCGGCAGCGGCGGCGGCCUCGCGAGCACCAUCACCAGCAGCAUCGCCCGCAUCAGCGAGAAGAGCAUCGCCAACAGCACCAGCGCGAGCCUCGCUGGCAGCACGCACCGCGUCGCCACCCUGCGUGACUGGACCGUCCAGCUCGGCCCCAAUAUCGAGUACCACCACAAUAGCACCGUUCUCGUCCGCGACUUCGCCACCGGCAAGACUGCCAUUGAGCUGCGGGAUGCCGCUCGCGGUCCCGUCGUCUGGAGCCACGAUGGGCUCGCCAUCGCCGCCGGCGAGACUACCGCGCGUGGCCGCAUGGGUGUCUGGGACGUCCGCACUGGAGCCCGCAUUGGCCGCGUGGUUAGCCACAUCGACGACGUCACGCACGCCGCCUUUACCCCCGACAUGAAGCUCGUGACGCUCUCGCGGGACGGCACCGCGCGCGUCAGCGACCCGACCACCGGCCGCACGCUGAGCCGCCUCGAGAUCGAGGGCACUGCCGCCGCCAACCCGCGUCUGCUGGCCGUGUCGCGCGACGGGCGCUCCAUCGUCUCGCUCUGGGGCACGACGGUGCACGUGUGGCUCCCCGGCGCGAGCCACCUGACGUCCUACGACCUCCGAACAGUGCGCCAGACCGAAUCAUGGCCUCUUUGCGUGUCCCCCGAUGGGCGAUGGAUGGCGAGCCGCACCGAGGACGGAGUCGAGGUGCUGGAUGUGGCAUCGGGCACUGUCGCCUGGGAGCGCAGAGAGGAGGCCGCGUGCAUGGAGAACAUGGUCACCACGGCGGCCUUUUCGGGAGACGGAAGCGUGCUCAUCCUGGGCAGGAUGAGCGGCGCCGUCGAGGUCUGGGAUGUGGCCGAAAAGAACUGA